ACGAGGUUGUGACUCUCCUUCAGCGGAUCGUUCAGCAGGCAACGUAGAGCUCAAGUGGUCUCCAGCGCCCCCCUCGCACGGGAGGAGACCACUGUACGCUGAACGAAAGGGAAACAUUCAUUUUUUAUUUAAAUAUUAUAUAACCUAUAAUAUAAGGGGCUGAACCUUAAAAAUAGACGCUUUGUCACAGGAGUAUUUUAAAGAGUCAAAGACUAUGAAACAAUUUGAUUCGAACGUAUAAUGUUGACUGGUUGCUAGGAGACCACUGCCAGCAAAUUCGAGUGGGAAGAUGUCGACUUCUUACUCUGCAAACCAGUAUGAAAGUGCCUUCAAGUCGCAAAAGCUCCAGAAUUGGACCGUCCCAAAACAUUUCAAAGAGAGACCAUCAGCAGCAGAAGGCCACACUACAUUUAUAGCCACUGACCGUGGCCACCUUCUGUCUGGUGUGAGAACAAAGCGUGGAAGUGCAUGGCCAGCAUUCCAAGGCACAUGGGAUUUACCUCGCUGUAUCCCCACUGCUUCCAUAAACCCCACUGCCCGUUCACAAGAGGGACAGGAUCGCCUCAGGACCUGGAGACAGAUGAAACUGUCCCCGAACCAGACACAUGAGGCCCCUGCUGGCAGCCAGGCAACAAACAGAACUGUUAACAAUGUGGAAAACAUAAAUGUGGACCAGCCUGCAGAAGAGUCAAAAAUGACGGUGAAUGACCCAGACCAAAACGAACCAGAGAGGCCCAAAUCACAGUAUAGCCAAGACCAGUCUAGACCAGCAAGCCAACAAGCUCAGUCUAACCCAGUAAACCAAACUCAGUCUAGACCAGGAAGUCAGGCUCCAUCCAGACCAGUCACUCAGGAGAGCCAAGCCGAGUUAAGACCACCAACCCAGAACAGCAGACCAGCAUCUCAGCAGAAAUAACACCAUUUAUAAUCAGAUCCCCUGCAUGGGCAGUUAUAAAAGUUGUUCCAUGAAAUGG